GCUGCAAGAACAUGGAAGGAAAAAUCGGUGAACACUGAAUGACUUGAAUGGACAUAUUCUUUACAUUUCUGCACUGGAUCUGUUCUUUUAAUUGUCCUAUGAUUUUCACAGCAAAAGCAACAAUGGUCCGAAGGUGGAUGUCUGCAGUGCUGCUCCUUUUGCUGGUGGUGCCAGCUCACUUACAGGAAGAAUGUGAGAGGAGCUCGUGCCACCCUACCCUAGGUGAUCUUAUGGUGGGCCGUGCUGCUCAACUUUCUGCCUCUUCCACCUGUGGCCUAAAUGGGCCCCAGAACUAUUGCAUCCUGGGAUACCUGGAGGAGGAACAGAAAUGUUUCACAUGCAACUCAAGAAGCCCCUACAAUCGAUACAACAACCCGAAUAGCCAUCAAAUUGAAAAUAUCAUUACAACCUUUGAGCCAGAGCGUAAGAUGAAGUGGUGGCAGUCUGAGAAUGGUGUGCAUCAAGUCAGCAUUCAACUAGACUUGGAGACUAUGUUUCAGUUUAGCCAUUUGGUCAUGACAUUCAAGAGUUUUAGACCUGCUGCAAUGCUGGUGGAGAGGUCAAAAGAUUUUGGUCGUACUUGGAAGGUGUUUCGGUACUUCUCUGUAGACUGUGCUGCAGACUUCCCCAGAAUCUCAUCAGGCCCAGCAGAAGCUAUAGACGACCUCAUCUGUGACAGCCGCUACUCUGGAGCUGAGCCUUCUACUGAUGGAGAAGUGGUGUUAAAAGCUUUGGACCCCAACUUUCAUAUUGAAAAUCCGUUUGACCCUAUCAUUCAAGACCUCAUCAGCAUGACUAACCUGCGAGUGAACUUCACACGUUUACUCACACUGGGUGAUGACUUGUUGGGACGGAAGAAGAGGAACCCACAGGAUAAAUACUACUAUGCUCUCUAUGAGAUGGUGGUCAGGGGGAGCUGCUUCUGCAAUGGCCAUGCCAGCCAGUGUAUGCCUGUUUAUAACACACGUGGAGAUGCUUUAAAUGAACCUGGCAUGGUUCAUGGGCGAUGUGUGUGUCUACACAACACCAUGGGGAACAACUGUGAAAAGUGCCAAGAUUUUUACAAUGAUGCCCCCUGGAGGCCAGCUGGAAGCACUGACCCACAUGUUUGCAGAAGGUGCAACUGCAAUGGCCAUUCGGAGAGAUGUCACUUUGACCUACAACGUUACAGAAACACUGGGCAGGUCAGUGGUGGUGUGUGUGAUGACUGCAGAAACAACCACAUGGGCGCUCAGUGUGAGCGAUGCAAGCCACACUACUAUAAGGACCCUCUCCGCUCUCUAAGUGAUCCCUAUGCCUGUAUACCUUGCGCUUGCCACUCAGCAGGGUCUGUGGAUGGUGGAUUGUGUGAUCCAGUGAGUGGUCAAUGUAUGUGUAAGCAGAACGUAGAGGGCGAGCACUGUGAUCGAUGCAAAAUUGGAUUCUAUAGACUCAGCCAAGAAGACAUUAACGGUUGCCAGAGGUGUAUGUGUAACUUUUUGGGCACUUUAAGCACCUCUCCAUGUGAUCAGAACACAGGUCAAUGCAUUUGUGAUCGGUUUGCUCAUGGAUCUGAGUGUGACCAGUGUGUACCGGGAUACUGGGGACUAGGAAACACCGUCUAUGGUUGUCUACCAUGUGACUGUGACAUAGGAGGAGCCUUCACUACUCUGUGUGACUCAGAGAAUGGUCAGUGUCGGUGCAGAGCCAAUAUGGUGGGACGUCGCUGUAGUGAACCUGCUCCUGGUUACUUCCUGGCCCCUCUUGAUUUCUAUCUCUAUGAGGCUGAAAUUGCUAUUCCUCUGGACACUAAAUGUUCCUCUCACCUGGUUAAACCCAGUCCUUCCCCAGGUCCACCUGUGAACCCUAUUACAUCUCGUCCACUUCCUCACUGUCCCCAUGGAACCAUAGUUCGUGAGCCCACACCCCCGCCUGAGGAACCUUACGUGCCCGACCCCACUGAACCAUCUACAUAUGAGAAUAAUCAGCCUCCUGUAGCAUAUUACACUUCACCUCCUGCGGUCACUCUGCCUAGCUGUGCGAACUACUUUAGGAGCAGAGGCUAUGAUGUUGAAUUCAGGGAUGGGAGAUUUGUGGUGGUUAAGCGUGAGAGACGCCGCAAGCGAAGACAAGGCCAGUUCACCAUUCCCCUGCAGCCCGGGUCUCUCCAUCAGGUCAUUCUACGACCACAUACACCAGAUGAACCCAUUUCUUGGACUGGACCAGGAGUUGUGCGGGUUCAAGAUGGAGCAGGACUCCGAUUCAUUGUCACCAACAUCCCACUAACUCUUAAUUAUCAUCUUGUUGUUCGCUAUGAGCCACAGACCACAGAUGAUUGGACAGCUAGUGUAAAAAUUGUCCCAUUAGGAUCUUCUAAUGAAAAUUGUCCAUAUGAUCCAUCAGAGAAAACUUUUACGCUUCCUGGAACUAGCAAGGCUGCCAUUUUGGAUCCUACUGUCUGUCUCAGCGCUGGCGUGCGGUACUAUGUGGAUAUCACAUUUGAAAAUCCCGACCGUUACUGCAGCUCACAUAUUCUAAUUGAUUCGAUGGGACUUAUUCCAAAGAUGGAGUCUCUGCCAAAUUUCUGCUCUGAUGUAACCCUGACUCAGUACCAGCAUUAUCGCUGUGUGGAGUUGGGUGCACAGGCAGGGGAACAGACUCUACCUGAGGUGUGUGAAAACCUAAUUGCCAGCAUGUCAGCAUACAUCCAUAACGGUGCAAUUCCUUGUAGAUGUAAUCCUGAGGGGUCAUUCAGCUCAUCCUGCAGUAAAUUUAGAGGACAAUGUGACUGCAGACCCAAUGUGGUUGGCCGCUGUUGUGACUCUUGUGCCCCCAUGACCUAUGGAUUUGGAAAAAAAGGCUGCUCAUCAUGUAACUGUGAGCCACAGGGUUCCAAAGCUAAGUUCUGUGACCAUAAGACCGGACAGUGCCAGUGCCAUAAUGGGAUUACAGGCCGACGAUGUGAUAGGUGUCUGCCUGGAUACUAUGGUUUUCCGAACUGCAAACGUUGCCAGUGUAACGAGCUGGCUGACCUCUGUGACCCGAUUACUGGAGCAUGUCUAAACUGCAGGGAGCAUUCGACUGGGCCCCAGUGUGAAAGGUGUGUUGAAGGUUACUUUGGUGAUCCCUUAAUAAGGGAACCCUGCAAGCCAUGCCUCUGUCCAAAUGUGAAAGGCAGUGGACGUUUCUUUGCCCACUCCUGUGAAAACGACCCAAACUCUCUAACCCCAACCUGUCAAUGCUGGACAGGGCAUCAAGGUUUCAAGUGUGAUAAGUGUGCACCUGGUUACUAUGGUAACCUGCUUUUGGCAGGCGCUACAUGCAAAGAAUGUCCCUGCAACAACAACAUUGAUCCCAAUGAUGAUGAAGCAUGUGAUGCUUUAACUGGCCAGUGUCUCCGUUGCUUGCAUAACACUUAUGGGCCUCGGUGCCAGACAUGUAAACCAGGAUACUUUGGCAAUGCACUACUUCAGGACUGCAGGGAAUGCUCAUGUGACCGGCAGGGCACAGAUGUGACUAGGUGCCCACUGGGCAGCCCCUGCCUAUGUGAUCAGGUGACAGGGCAGUGCCCAUGUCGACGUGGUGUGGAAGGCAUUCGGUGUGAUCGUUGUAAGGAUGGAUACUGGAAUCUGGGUGGAAAUUCCGGGUGUCAGCCGUGUAACUGUCACACAAGCCACUCCCUCAGCAAUCAGUGUGACAAGAUUACAGGCCAGUGUCCUUGUGAAACAGGAUAUGGUGGUAAACAGUGCAAGGAUUGUGCAGCCAAUCAUUUUGGAAACCCUGACAUUCAGUGCAUAUCCUGCGACUGUGACAUCCAGGGAUUUGUCUACCCAGGCUGCGAUCCUGACACUGGCGAGUGUCUGUGUAGGCCUGGAGUAAGUGGAAAUUUCUGUGAAAAGUGUGCCCCAGGGCAUGUUCAGGACUUCCCUGCCUGUGAGCCCUGCCACCCUUGUUAUCAUCUCUGGGAAACAAAUGUCACAGACAUCUCACAAGCUAUAGAAAACAUGAAGGUCUUGCUCUCUAAAUACGAAGGAUCUCUUUCAGUCAACGACAAGCGACAUCAGGAAAAGAUACAAAAGUUAAAUGAGAAGCUUCAAAGCCUGGUUAGCAUGCUAGGCUAUGACCGGGAUGAUCUGGGAAGCGUAGAGAAUUUCCUAAAUCAAAUAAGGAACUUAACAGAAACCAUAGAUCCAAACACAAUUAUUGUUGAUCCAUCUAAAUUGCUGGAAAGUGAAAUUGAUCAUAUUUAUCAAGAAUUUAAGAGGUUACUCGAUGAUCUGAAAAAGAAAAUUGAAGCUGGCCAAAGAAUCGAUCUGAAAAAGCUAAACGACGACCUGGAGAAGAUCCGUAAGCUCCAUGCUGGUUUCCUGAAAGAUGAAGAACGGGUAAAGAAGGCAAGAAACAAGAUAGACACUUCCAGGCUGAUCCGGCAGGACAUAAAAAAAGAGCUGACCAAAUGCCAGCUGCGGCCCCUGGAUGUACUGGAGAAGAAGGUCAAAGGGCUCAGUGUGGCCAAGCUUAAUGAGGAGAUUUGUGGAGCACCAGGCGAUGUAGACUGUGAAAUAGCUGUGUGUGGUGGUGCUCUGUGCGGGAAGUGUGGUGGACCGUCGUGUACAGGAAGUCUCCCUGUUGCCCUCAACGCCACAGACACAGCAAAGAAGAUCAAAGCAGGCAUUCAAAGUCUGCUCCAAAAUCUGACAGAGGCAGAAACAAAGGUUAAAGACAUCAAAAAUAUGAAUAGAGAUGUGAAAACCAAGGCACAGAAUAUGAAAGAUAAAGUCCUAAGGAACAAGAACAAGUUUGAAAAGGCCAAAAAUGAAACUAAAAAACUUAUAGAGCGUGUAAGGGAAUAUCUCAGCGCAGAGACAAUGGAACCAGAAGACAUUGACAAGGUAGCCUCUACUGUGUUGGCUAUUAAACUUCCUAGUUCCCCAGAUGAGAUUAGGAGGAUGAUCCAGAAUAUACAGAAAAUAAUGGAGAACUUCACACACAUUACAGAAGACCUGAAGGACUUGGAGGAUAAGGCCAAAUUAGCCACAGACUUGAAAAAUAAGGCUGAUGAGAUCCUAAACCAAACAAAGGAGAUUGAUAUCAGUGACAUAGAGAAAGUCAUAAAUGAAACUGCUCAACUCCACAACAAGAUAAAGAAGAAGCUGAAUGAGACGCAAGACAACAUAAAUGUUACUGAUGAAUUACUUGACCAGAGCACCACAAAACUAAAUAAUGCUGAAGAAAAUUUAGACACACCACGGCCCAAAACACUCCAAAAGGAAAUUGAGGCUCUGAAAAAUAAAACGGAAAUGAAUCGAGCUCAGGCUUUGGAAGCAAAAACUGCUGCAGAUGCUGCAUUAGCCAACGUUACAGAUGCUAACAAGGAUCUUGAGGAAGUAGAAGAACAGUUAAAAAAACUGAAAAACAACACUCAGGGUCUAAAUGAUACAGCUCUUGAGCACCUGAAGAACAUAACAAUAGAGACUGAAAAUAUGGCAAAAGACGUUGAAAAUAAAAUGAAGCAAAUUCAAGUGUUGGAGAAAAGGAUUCAAACUGCAGUACAAGAUAAAAUGAACAAAAUGAAAGAACUGGAAGAUCUGUUGGCAGAGGCGACUAGUUUGCGGCAAUAUAUUGUUGAAAAAGUGGACAAUUAUUCGCAAUGUGGCAGCUAAGCCUGUAGAGUCUCUGUCUUCUCCCACAGCCAGAUGCAAUGCUACAUAUGUCUGUGUGCAGUCUUGAUGGUUCUACGUCUUAUCUUGGUCUUGCUAAAAAUAAGCUGACAGAAACCUCACAAUCUUUUUGGUGAUACUUUGUGUUGUAAUGAUUUAUAAUUUGUGUUGAAGUGACAUUCCACUCAGUGUGCUAUAUUAAUCACACUAUUUUUGAAUGAGUUACAAAGACUGUAUGGAAAAAAAUUAUCUGUUAUUAUACAGCUUGUGAGAACAAUUUAAGAACUGUCUAUGUAGUGUUUUAUAUACAUUUACUUACAUUUCAUUUGUUACCUUUUAUUUUCUCAUAAUACAACCAUCAUAAUAAAUUAAUAUAAAUAAUAAAUUAAGAUCUACUUAUCGAGCACGCAAACAAGUCCGAUCCACUGUAUCCACCAUUAGCAUUCUCUUGCCAGACACUAAACCACAACUUUAGAGGUCUUGUGGAGUUGUGCCACAGAUAUACACAGAUUGGCCCUAAUGUUAAAAAUACAAAAUAUUAUGGUCAGUGUUGGUUCCCGUUGUGCUGCCUGCUCUUAUUUUCUUAGUUUUUUUUUUUUUUUAUUUAAUAGCAUCAGUUAUUGUAUUGGCUUUUAGAUUUUCAUGACUAAGCUGUCUUUGUUAUUGGAGCAUGGUAAUUGUCCAGCUUUCAAUUCUUAUUUUAUGCAAACAAUUAAAUAAUGUGAUAAGAUUAGAUGUAAAUAAUAAUUGGUUGUAACAGGAUUAAACCAACACUCAACUUUGAAUGCCUUCAGCUUUAAAAUGCCUGUAGCUAAAGGGUCCAAUUAUCUCGGUCGUUUGCUUUGGAAUGUAAACACUACCAGACGACUACUUCUAUUCAUUUGCAAAAUCAAAGACGUUCUUUACCCUCAUCAUCACAUUUGAUCUUUGAUUCUUUUUGGUUUCCUUAACCUAUCUUUGAACUUAUUCUUAUUUCAAAAAGAUAUAUAUUCAACAUAUAGUUUAUUUGCUUUUUAAAAAAGACCUAUAAGAAUUUAAUUCUGUUUGAAAUUAUUAAAAUUAUUAAAUAGGACAACAAAAUAUUAGGCCCUCAACAUUUUUUUAUUUUUUAGACUUUAUGUUAGGGCAGGAAAAUCUGAAGACAAGUUGGGACUGUCCAUAAACAAUGUCAUGUAAUUUUGCCCCAAAGGCACUUUUUUAUUUGGUUAAAUAACACUUUUCCUCAGUUGUUAUUUUAAACUAGACUGAAGGUUGUUUGUACAGAUUAUUUUUACCACCCACUGAGAAUGUAGCUUAGCUUUAGAGCUAAUGAAUAGUUAAAUGCAUUUGAAACCAUGUGGUAACCUAGAACUGUGCAGCAGUUUUAGCUUUUUAUAGAAACCAAAUUGCAUAUGGAAGACCAUAAUGGUUGCCCCUUGCAGAGCUUAAAAUAAAAAAUAAAAAGUUUGGGGUCAGCUAAUGUAAGCAGUGGAAAGCUUUAUUUUAUUGUAUUUUAUUUUUUAAACUUCCUUUUAAACUUCCCUUAAGCAAACUACAAUUUACUUUUGCAAUUUACAAAUUAAUA